AGACUUUCAGCUGUUUUCACAGGUGUGGAGUAAAACACACGUUAUAAAUAGUAUGCAAAUAAAACAAGGCCAAGGGGAUAAUCUAUCAGUUGAUCAGUGGGUUGUUCCGGUGUUUAAUUGAUAAAAAGCAGGACAAACCAGGUUAUAAAAGUAGCAUAGAAGAACUGAAAACCUCUGGGCUUUUUUUUGUUUAAAAGAAAAAAUGUGGGUGCUCUUGUUUCUCAUAGGUGCUGCAGCUGUUUCUGCUCACCUGGAGGAUGGUGCCUUUGAUGGGCAGAAAGUGUUUCGUGUGAUUCCGCAGAAUGAUGAGCAAGUGGAAAUCAUCAAUUCCCUCGCCAGCAACAUACAGGUGGACUUUUGGCAGCCAGACUCUGUCACACUGGUAAGGCCAAAAACAGAAGUUGAUUUCCGAGUUGAAGCUGACAUGUCUUUAGAGGUUGAAGAUCUUUUGAAAGAAAGUGGAAUAGAAUAUACAGUUCUGAUUGACAACCUGCAGGCUGCACUGGAUGCCCAGUUUGACAGCAAGGCUCGUUCAACCAGCCACAGCUAUGAAAAGUACAACAGCUGGGAAAAGAUAGCUGCUUGGACUGCUGAUAUUGCGGCUCAGAACCCAGACCUUGUCUCUCGCAGUGUAAUUGGGGAAACAUAUGAAGGACGACCAAUGUACCUUCUCAAAGUGGGAAAAAGUGGUCCAAAUAAGAAGGCCAUCUUUAUGGAUUGUGGUUUCCAUGCAAGAGAGUGGAUAUCCCCUGCUUUCUGCCAGUGGUUUGUGAAAGAAGCUGUUGAAACCUAUGGAAAAGAUACUGUCAUGACCACACUUCUCAACAGCUUGGACUUCUAUGUUUUGCCUGUUGUUAAUAUUGAUGGCUACGUUUACACUUGGACAAAUAAUCGCAUGUGGAGAAAGACACGCUCUAAAAAUCCUGGUAGCCUUUGCAUUGGUACUGAUCCCAACAGGAAUUUUAAUGCUGGCUGGAGCACUGUUGGAGCCUCAAAAAACCCCUGUGAUUCCACUUAUUGUGGCUCUGCACCUGAGUCUGAAAAGGAGACCAAGGCUUUAGCUGAUUUUAUUCAAGAACAUCUUUCUACAAUCAAGGCAUACCUCACAAUUCACUCCUAUUCCCAGCUGCUACUGUUUCCUUAUUCAUAUACUUACGAAUUACCAUCGGAUUACGAGGAACUGAAUUCCAUUGCUGAAGCUGCAUCCAAACAGCUGGCCAGUUUGCAUAAUACCAAAUAUAACUAUGGCCCAGGAGCUAAAACAAUCUAUCCUGCUGCAGGGGGCUCUGAUGACUGGGCUUACGAUCAAGGCAUCAAGUACUCUUUCACUUUUGAGCUCCGAGACACUGGCAGAUAUGGUUUUGCUCUCCCUGAAUCUCAGAUAAAGCCAACCUGUGAAGAAACUCUGCUUGCUGUUAAAUAUAUUGCCAAUUAUGUUCUUGAGCACUUGUAUUAGAAUGCUGUUAGAAAACUAUUAAAUGAGGUUUGAUUCAAAGAUGCCUUAUUUUUACUCUUCCCUAACAAUAGGUUUUCAUUUUUCUUUACUUAAUGUUCCUAGUCAUAUCCUUAGAGCAUCAUAGGUGAAUAAAACUAUAAGUUUGUCAGGAGAAAAUACAUUAUUCAUUAAGGCAACUGAUACAGUCGGAGUAGUCUAAAAUUAAAGGGCACAAAAAUCUUAAUCAACUUAUGGUAAAGGUUUCCUUAAUGAUUAAAAUUAUCUUAGUUUAAUCCAGAGCAGAUGGGCAGAGCAUUAGAACUUAUGCAGCCUGAAUGCUAAACAGAAUGAAACCAGCUAGGUGAUUCAUAUAAACAUGCUUUCAUCCAACCAUUCAUCGCCUCAAUGGCAACAGUAGCAAGGAAAAGUUCACAUCAUACACUUCCAAAAUGGUGCUAGCUGUCAUAUGCCUUUCUGAAUUUUCUGAAAACCCACCCUGGAUCUGCCUCUUCACUGAAAGCUGGUUUGGAUCUGAGGUCACUGCCAGUCGAUCUAAACUUGGUGCUGAAGCUUAUAACUACUAUUAGUUUUAACGACCAAGAUUUGAUAGAAUCAUGCUAUAAAAUAUCCUGCACUUAAGGCUGUCAUGCUCACUACAGUAGCAUUUGUCAAAAUAUUCCGAGUCCCCAUACUUCUUGGGGCCCCACAUGUUCCUACUGUUAUGAGCGGAAGAACUGUAAACAGGCAUAAAGACUGAGUCAGGUGAUAAAUGAUAAACUGUUUCUUUUAUGAGAAGCUGUAAAGAAUUAUCCCCUUCCGAUCGAUUCUCUCUACAGGUAAUGUAGGUCUGAUUGGUUCUGAGUGGGUGAGAGUGAUAAAUAGCCACUCUGUGCAGCUUCCUUAGGCAGCUGCAGAAAAUGUGUUUGGCAUUUAUUAAUGCAGUUUAGAGCUCGGUUAAUGCGAGACACCCUCUGCAAAAAGAUGGCAAAAAACCUUAUGUCAACACAGAACCUGGCUCACCUCUCUGCCAUCGCUGGAAGCUCUUAACAGAGACUUCCACUGUCCAUUGAUGCUCCUGGAAUUAACAUUAUUUCUGGCAGGUCCAUAGCUGAUGCACACAAAACAUCCCAUAAAAUGAAUCUUAAGAGAGAAAAUGUUUUUCCCAAGAAAAUCAUCAAAUUCAAACCUGCCAAGAACUGCCUCUUCUCUGUAGAGAGAAACAGAAAGACAGAGUCCAAUUUCAAAUGCCAUUUUCAUUUACACAUUUAGAAAAAAGAAGGAAGACAUCCACUACAUCAGUUAGCCCAGCAGCACUCAGAUUAAACUAGUCCUCGUACACGACAGAUCCAUCUGGUUUUGAUCACUGAUGAAACUUGGACCCACGUGUGAAAGUAGCGUGUACCAGUAAAAAGAAAUAUCAUUGUGUUUUGCAACAGAAGUAGCGGGAAGGAUAAUCAACAUUACUAAAAAUAGCACAGGAUGCAAGCAGAACAUACCGGCCAGAGCCAAACAUGUCACAAAGAGCAAAAAAAUAAAUUACUCAGAAUAUAAAAUAUUUUCGCUAAUUUUAACUAAGUAUUAACAACCACCCAGAUACUAUCCUUACUAUAACUGUAUUGUUUGGGGAGAUAACAGAGGCCUUACACCACUGCAAGGUGAAUUGUUGAUACUCAGCACCAUUCAUUACUAGGAAGUCUCUUUGUAGGAUGGCAGGCAAGAAAUCACAUCAUUACAAAUACUGUUGAGGCAUAGGUAACACUCAGCAGCUCGCAUAGUGCUAGAGGUACCACAGUUAACUUUACACCAUGACUCCAAGGCAGGAUAUGGCACAUAUGUGGUAGCUCUGACAUCCACGAAGUCAAAUCACAGCAAGGCAGUGAUACGCAGCUUUUCUGUGCCUCCUCCACAGAAGACACUCACUAACACCUCUGGUCCAAUUAUGUAGAUGCAGAGACGAGCAAUUAAACAUGAUACAUCAUCCAUGAAGCUUAGAACAUAAAACAAAGAAUACACGGGAGAAAUUUAAGCAGGAAAGGACAUCCUGCUAAUAGGUAAGCUGUUAAGACAGAGACACUGGAAGAAAACAUGGAGAGGAAGCAAAAGUUCAGCAACAUGUCACAGUGCUUCAAAUUCCAGCAUUGCUCUCAAAAAACAUAGCAAAUCCAUAUGCAAAACUGAUUGACAAUAUAUUUUUCAAGAUGCCAUUGUAGUUAUUUGAAGCCAAUUCCUCAGUUAUAAAAUAGUUCUUAAAGAGAACCAGGAGAGACUUGGUAAAAGAAAUAAAAACACAUUAUACGGAUAACAGAGGUAAAGUUUGACAUUUCUAAAACGUGGACUUUUUCAAUAAAUCUAAAGAAGAAUUUCCAGUGUUCUCCAAACUGAAUCUUUUUCUCAAUUUCUUACACCAAAUAAAUCCAUAAGGGAACAGUAAACACUUCACCAAUGCUAAAAUAUAAAUAAGGCCCACCUCACAAACAAUCUGUGGUUCUGAUUUUAAUUUAAUUGCACACUUCAAGCUGAGUUUUUACUGUGAACACUAUAAGCCCACAGUGUAAUUUCAAAGCAUCUAUUUUUCAUCAUAAUCAUGUUUAUGAAAAAAAGCCAUGAAAAAAAUGGGGAGUAACUCUGCAGCUGUGUCAUACCUGGGAGUUCUGUCAAGGAUGGAAGACUCUCAAAGAAACACCUUAAUGCACAGUCAGAGAGGGAAGACUGGCAGUGUCUCGGGCUGCGCUAGGCAGAGUAGUGCCAGUGGAUCAAGGGAGGCAUCCCUCCCCUCCACUCAGCCCAGGUAUGCUAAAUCUGGAGUCCUAGGUUGGUCCAGUGCUGGGCUUCCCAAUAAAAGAGACAGCGACACACUGAAGAGAGUUCAAUGAUGAUAUAGAGAUGGUUGAGGGACCGGAGAAUCUGUCAUACAAGGAGAGGCUGAGAGCUGGAAGUCUUCACCCUGGAGAUGUGAAGGCUUGUGGGUAUCUUAUCUACGUGAAUAAAUACCUGAUGUGAGGGCAUGAAGACAACAGAGCCAGGCUCUUCUCAGUACUGCUCAGUGAUAGGACAAGAAGUAAUAAGCACAAACUGAAGCACAGGAAAUUCCAUGUGAACACAAGACAAGACAUUUUUACUGUGUGGGUGCCCAAACACUGGAAUAGGUUGCCCAGAGGUGUUGUGGUGUCUCCAUCCUUAGAGAUGUUCAAAAUUUGACUGGACACGGGCCUGGGUAACCUACUUCAGGUGACUCUUGCUUUGAGCAAGGAGUUCAACUGGAUGGUUUUGAAUGGUCCCAUCCAACCUCAACUGUUCUGUGAUCCUAAGAAAUUAAUCUCCGCCUGAUGCAGGUCAACCAAGGACAGAGAUGAACAAUUUCAGCUUUUCCUAUUUGAUUUAUACCACUCCUUUAAUUAGAUAAAUGGAAAGGGAGCAUUCUGCUUUCUGGCUUAAGAAUCAUGUCAGAAAUCUGUCAUCUUUCCCAUAUUAAACUAUUGUUUCACUAAACACAUUCAAACAAUCAAUUCAUUUCAGUGCUCCAAAACUCAAGAGAGCCUAAGAACUGAUGAAGUGUUUUAAAGACAAUGGCCUGUCCACAUGCAAGGUCUCAUAGGAGUGACAUCAGACACCAGACCACUCUCAGAGGAAAUAUCCCCAGUAUAGAUCACAGCUGCAAAGGCUGACAAAGGCAACACUUACAAAUUCUUGAUUCUUUAACAUAUGAGGCAGGUAACUCAUGCACCAAAAGGAAUGAAGUCCCAACAUCUGUGUAUGAGUGGUUCUGGGGAAGGUAUUUCCAAGUUUACUCGAGUUUUCAAGCAGCUGCUGACACAUAGUGGUGAUUCAGGGAAGGAAACUUUCUUCCUUAUUGAUCCACACUCAGCAGCUUCAAAAACUGUGCUAGAAAUGAAACCUAUGAUCACAACACAGCCUGCUCCAAACUCUGCUUUGCUGACAUAUGGCCUCAGUAUGCUUCCUGUCACUGUACACUUUUCCAAGGACAGAUGUGGGCUGUGCAGUGAAGCAGAUUGCCUCUGUGCUCCCCACUGCACUCACUACAGCUGCACUACAGCUGCAAAGUCUUUUUUUCCGCAAGAGGAAAGGAAACAUGCGAAUGCCACUUUCGACAAUGGGAUUGCAUCCCUGUGCUUUACAGGAAGGAUGCUAGCCUACUUGCAGUAAAAUUUGCAACCACAGAAAACAGUUUAGCCAAGAAAUAGAGAAAUAUUUCAAAACAUCUCAAACUUUUUCUUCAUUUUUUUUUAAAUGAGGCACACCAGAUUCUUGGCAAACACUGAAGUGUUUCCUUUCAGCAUUUACUAGAAGACUGAAAAUGCUUAACUCUGCAAGGAAAGUUAUAAAUCACAUUGCUUUAAUAUAAAACCCACUCCCAACUUCCUGGUUUCAUGGGGAAAAUACAAAUAUCUAUGUUUCUCUUCAAUGCAUUGGUAAAUUAAGCUAUAGGAGCCAUCAUAAAGACUGUAAUGAAGUAAAAAAGGAAAAUGGUUCAGGACUAAUGGCUGUCAUCCCUGCAGAUGCCCAUGCUGCUGCCGACACGAGAGAGUGAGGCCACAGAGCGCAGCUCAGUGUCACGAUGAACAGUCAGCACAUGUACAGAAAUGAUCCAGCUCAACAGUGUCUCUGUUCCUACAAGAGUUAGUUCAUAAUUUAAUCAACCUGCUACAAAAAUCAAGGCUUGCUAGUAAAUUUUUAAUAUGACAAACAGCACUCAAAGGACAAGUGUGCUGUGAUGCAGCACUGACAUCAUUGUUGACAUGUAUGUUGCAUCAUUGUCACUCAUCACCAUGAUCCCUUUUCCACGAUUGCAAAUGUGCAACAUCCUCAGAUUAUGAAACAGUAAAUACAGGAGUAGAUGCAAAAAGUCUGCUUUUCAUUGAUUUUUUUUCCUGUCCCUGUUCAUAGGAUGUGCAUGCAAUAAAAUAAAUAAAGGUAAUAACCUCAUACAUGUAAAGAUUUAGAAGUUGAAGUGUUCAACAUGCUUAGCAGAAAUAGUCUAAUGUUGAGAUUUAUAGUACAUUCAAAUCCAGAAACUGAGACAUUUUUCUCUUAAGAGAAUACCCCUUGUGUCUGAUGGCAGAUACUCUGUUCGUCCAUUCUCUUCCUAGGUCUAUGCACAGUAAUGCCACCCGGGUCUGCGGAUUCAC